GAGAGAAGUUCUGGAGGGCCUCCAGGAAUUGAGCGCUUGCUGCUUCCAGGAGAUCGACUCGAGGCUGCCCGACAGGCGAUGGUUUGCGGCAAAGGCACAGGGCUUUGGCGAGAUUCUUGGGGUCGAUCUUAGCUCCGCGAUCGGCUUGUUACAGGAUUUAGUCACGGAGGAUACUGUUCUAGAGGAUGAGCGACAGAUUUUCCCUGGAACACGGGCACAUCAUAACGGUAAAGUGACGCGUCAUGACACGUCAGAAUAGCGUUAGUGACGUGGCUGGCCAGCAUAGCAACGCGGGAAGAGGAAGCUUCACGCCCUUUUCUUCUUCAAAGGCUUAGGUCUCUGGGUCUAUCGAUCGAUCCUGCUCGCACAGAGCUCGAUCGAGCUGGGCGGGAUCGAGACUUCGAUCGAUGGAGUUCUUCGACGGCGCCAGGAAGGUGAAGCUAAGCAAUUGCCACGGCAAGUUCCUGUGGGCGGACGAUGACAAGCGCGGGGUGUCCCAGAGCCGCAAGAGCGAUAGUGAGAAUGCGAUCUGGGAGGUGAGGCGCGUGAUGGUGGGCGAUGGGGAGAGGAUUCGCCUGAGGAGCUGCUACAAUUGCUAUCUCACUGGAUCGCGCACCCCUUUUCUGCUGGGAAUGACGGGCAAGAAGGUGAUCCAGACCAAUCCCACCAAAUCGGACGAUCUCUGCGACUGGAAGCCCGAGGAGAUUGUGCCCAAUCGAUUGAUCGCGCUGCGGACGCGCGAUGGAUCGCUCCUGCGAGGCAACGGAGGCACACCGCCAUGGAGGAACAGCGUCACGCACGAUGUGCCACUUGUCGCGGGUACAUUAGAUGUUUUCUGGGCUGUCCACGUGGUCGAGUGAGCGUCGUUAGAUAUAGUUUCCAAAUCGUAAAAUAUUCUAAAAGAAUAUCCGAGCAUGAUUUUAGGAUUGACCAAAUCUUGACCAAAAGGUUUCGUUUAGUUUACGUCUUCACAUUCUCAUCUUAUUGUUGAGUCUUUUGUGAAAGACUAUAUAUUGAGCUAUAGUGUUGCAUUGUCUUCACUGUUGUCAAGUUUUUCUAAGAGUUAUCUAUUCAAGUUUGAAGGAAA